GAAAGGAGACCUUGUUGCGGGCUGCAGCUUCCGCACAAGGGAGGAUUGCAGGAGUAGCAGGAGCAGCAGGAGGUGCAGGAGCAAGCGCUGACCUCUUCUCUCUGGGGACCAGUGAUGGGACCCGAGGGGAUGGCAGGAAGAUGUGCCAGAGGAGGGUUAGGUUGGAUCAGGAGAAGGUUUUUCGCGCAGAGGGUGGUGGAGCGCUGGGACAGGGAGCCCGAGGAAGCUGUCACAGUGCCAAGCCUGACAGUAUUCCAGAAGCGUCUGGACAGUGUCCCCAAACACAUGAUGUGAGUGUUGGGGGUGUCCUGUGCAGGGAGAGGAACAUACGAAGGACGUGGAGCUGUUGGAACGCGUCCAGAGGAGACCACGGAGGUGAUCCGAGGGCUGGAGCACCUCUGCCAUGAGCACAGGUUGAGAGAGUUGGGCGUGUUCAGCCUGGAGAAGAGGGGGCUCCGGAAAGAUCUCAUAGCGACCUUCCAGUACCUGAAGGGGCUACAGGAAAGCUGGGAAGGGACUGUUUACAAAGGAUUAUAGUGAUAGGAUGAGGGGGAAUGGCUUUAAAUUGGAUAGGGGAAGAUUUAGACUAGACAUUAGAAAGGAAUUCUUCAUGGUGAGGGUGGAGAGGCACUGGCACAGGUUGCUGUGGCUGACCCUGUGGCAAUGAAGGAGGCACAGACCUCGUAAUCUUCUCUAAGAAUAUUCUUUUAAUCAGCACAGCAUACAGGAGUCAAGUUAAGAAAGUACUACUGUCUUCUCUCAUUCAGGCAGCUAUUUAUACAGCUCUUCAGUUUUCUGAACUUCAGACAAACAGGAUUUUGGUUUUGUCUAUUCAACACCCUCGUGACUGUUUUCAGUCAUAUCUCCAAUUCACUUAUUCACAGGCAGUUUUUUUCUAGCCUGGCCUUCUCACACAUUCAAGAUUCGUUAUCCUGUGUGUCUUGUUCACACACCUGGUCUUUUUAAUAAUGUUUAUUCUGUUAUGCUUGGUACCAGCUUCAUGCUUUAUCUUAGUCCCAAUUAAUCUUCCAUAUAUGUGGCAUUGCUCCCACAUGCCCUAUUCCUGGUGGUGUUCAAGGCCAGGUUGGGUGGGGCCUUGGGCAGCCUGGUCUGGUGGGAGGUGUCCCUGCCCAUCACUGGAGGGUGAUCUUUAAGGUUCCUUCCAACCCAGACCAUUCUAUGAUUCUUUUGGGUCCCUUCCAACUCAGGACAUUCUAUGAUUCUAUUCUAUGCUUCUAUGAUUCAGUCCAUGUCACAAAAUCUUCCCUCUGUGGUGGUGUCACUGUGUUCACAGGCAGGGCAGACUGCCCUCACUAUGCCAAAGCUGAGCUCCUGGCUGACUAUCUCCAGGCCAACUUGCCACACUUCAGGGUUCACAAGAUCACUCAGCACCCUGACAAAUGGGAGCAGUGGCUUCAUGAUAUUUGUGAAAAGAAUGGAUGGGAACACACACAGUCUCCUAUCGUUUGGAGAGAAUUAUUGGACCGUGGAGGGAAAGGCCUGCUUCUGGGAGGAGUUGAUGAUUUUCUGAAAUAUGCUCAGCGGUAUUACGGCAUCACCCCAGUGAUGUUGAGUGAGGAAAUGUUAGACAUCGCUGAGGAAAACCUGCAGGCGCAUAUUGCAAUUGAAAAAGAGGAGGAGGAGAUUAAAAGCCUUACCAAGCCUUUGCAAGUCUGGAUCACCAGUGCAUCAGCUCCAGCCUGUUAUCAGCUGAUCCCUCUGUUGGCAAAUGGAGAAGUGUUUGGGAUGAACACAGAAAUCAGUAUCCAUUUGCUUGACACUGAGCAGUGUAAGGAAGUCCUUUGUGGUAUUGUAAUGGAAGCUGAAGACAUGGCAUUCCCACUCCUCCGCAGUAUUUCAGAGCACACUGAAAUAGAUGAGGCUUUUAUUCAAGCCGAUAUUAUAAUUGUUCUUGAUGAUGUCCUCUUAAAUUGUGAGGCCCAGCCCUUUGAGAACUACAUCAGAGAAGUGAGUGAGAUCUGUCAAGUGUAUGCUCCCCUGAUUGAGAAGAACGCCAAGAGUGGAGUCAGAGUAAUUUCAUCAGGACAAACCUUUGUAAACCUUAAGGCAAUGAUGAUUAUGACAUACGGCCCGUCCAUUAAUCCUGAAAAUGUCAUUGCCGUUGCAACAUCUUGGGAAACUGCAGCUAAAGCCACGCUGGCCAGGAAGCUCCAUAUGAAUGCAGAAGGAGUUAAAGACGUGAUUGUUUGGGGCAAUAUUACUGGCUCUAACUACAUUGAUUUGUCCCAUGCAAAACUUUAUGGAUACGAUGGUGCUGUUUGGGGCCCACCUAAUUUUCCACGUCCUUUGUUGAAUAUGAUUUAUGAUAGCGAAUGGAUCCAUUCAGAAUUUCUAUCUGCACAGAGUUCACUGAGUUCCCGGGUCUGUCGCUGUGUAGGAAUGUUACCUGCUCAUGCCAUAGCCACCGUACUGAGAUACUGGUAUCAUGGCUCUCCUCCUGGGGAGAUAAUUUCUCUGGGAAUACUUAGUAAAGGUCAGUUUUGCGUUCCUGAAGGGAUUGUCUUCUCUAUGCCAGUGAGGUUCCAGAAUGGCACCUGGAAAGUCAUGACAGAAUUAGAAAUUAAUGAAACAACCCAAGAAGCUCUGGGACGCUUAGCCCAUGAGAUGAUUCAGGAAAAGCUCGUUGCACAAAAGGAAAUAAAAGAAAUGCAACCAUAUGGAGCUGAUAAAAUCACUAGCGAAGAACAUUUGCAUCAAGAGAUGGAAACCUUGCCUACUGGCUCGAUUUAGCUGGUGUUGUCUGGAGGAAAAAAUACUGAAAAUUUUCACACUAAAACAAUGUUUCCCUUGCUCAAAAGAGCAAACAACAAAGAAAGGAUAAAUAUUCUCAUAGCUUUUACAGGAUCUUCCUCGUCAAAAACCUGGAAAUCUGUAAGCGGAAAAAUGUUUCAAAACAUCAUGAAUAUAACAUUCUUAAUCUGGAGACCAAAGCAAAAUUCCUAAUGGUUUUAAUGACUCUAAGAUUUUG